AUGAAAGAAGAUAAUAAGAAAAUUGAAAAAGAAUCUGAAACACAAGAAAUAUAUAGGGAUAAUGAAAUGUUAUUAGAAAAAAAUAAGAAAAUUAUAAUUUCAAAAGAUCUAAAGAGUUUAAAAGAUAAUCCCGAUCUCGAAACAAAGAUGAGUGUAUUUGAUGAUGUUCUCUACACUGAUAAUAAAAAUAGAUUGAAAAGAGCAAAUGAAUUACAAAAUGAUAUUAAAACAUAUAUGGUUGAACUUGCUAAAAAAAAGGACAAAUUAGAUUCUAUUCUUAAAAAUCUGAAAGAAAAAUUAGAUCAUAUAUCAGAACAACUUGAUAUUUCUAAAAUUCCAUAUAUCAAAAAAGAAGUUUAUGAAGAUUCUACUUUAUUGCUUUCUACAAAAAUAGAAUUUAUUUCAGAUUUUAUAAUAUUUUAA